AUGCCGUCCCCUUUCCUCACCCCGGGCGACUGCUCGCAGCCCGACGGCCUCGCAAUGCUCCAUAUCCGUCGCGAUCAAACCAUGCCGGCAAUCCUCCGCACCCACGAUAAUGAGGACACGGGUUACAAAGAAGGAAGGGUGGCCAAUACCCGCUUUGGAUCGUUCCCUCACAGCACUCUUCUCAACCAACCCUGGGGCUCACAAAUUGCCGCCUCCAAGGUCGACACCGGUUCCCGCGGCCGCAGACCCAAAAACCCAGCCAAGCGCAAGGCCGAGGAGCUGGAUGCUUCGGGCACAACCACCGGCGCAGACGACGACGAUACCCCUUCCGUUAAAACCCCAGUUGCCGCGGCAAGUGGUUUUUUGCACAUGAUGUACCCAACGCCCGAAUCCUGGACAUAUGCUCUUCCCCACCGUACCCAAGUCGUGUAUACCCCAGACUACAGCUAUAUUCUGCACCGACUCCGCGUGCGCGCCGGAUCCACGAUCAUCGAAGCCGGCGCUGGUAGUGGUUCGUUCACCCACGCCUCUGUGCGCGCUGUAUUCAACGGAUAUCCCAGCGAGGAGCAACAAGGACCCUCGACUAAGAAGAAGAGAUUCGGAAAGGUGUGCAGUUUCGAGUUCCACGAGCAACGCGCCGGAAAAGUACGAGAGGAAAUCGCAGAGCAUGGUCUGAAUGGACUGGUUGAGGUCACCCACCGCGACGUUUACGGAGAUGGAUUCCUUUUGGGAGACCCGAAGACAGGAAAGUCACCCAAGGCAAAUGCGAUCUUCCUCGACUUGCCCGCCCCAUGGCUCGCACUGCCCCACCUAAUGCGCAAGCCCGCUUCAGGCGCCGAGUCUGCACUCGAUCCGUCCUCGCCCGCAUACAUUUGUACCUUUUCGCCGUGUCUUGAGCAAGCGGAGCGCACCAUCCGCACGAUGCGCAAGCUAUCCUGGCUGAAUAUCUCCAUGGUAGAAGUGCAGCACAACCGUAUUGACGUGAAGCGCGAACGUAUCGGUCUCGAUGCCGAAGGUGUACGCGGAGCGACUAUCUUCCCCACAACUGUGGAGGAAGCAUCCCAAAAGCUCUGGGCUGAUGAGGAACGUGCUAAGCGCAUUCGCCACAGCCAGGCUGAGAAGAAUGCCGAUUCUGAAGAGGUGUCUGCCCAACAAGAAGAUAUCAAGGCUCCGGCGAAAUACUUAAUUGAGAAAUCCACGGCACCGGCAUACACGCUCGGUCGCUUGAUUCAUCGCCCCGAGCCGGAGUUGAAGACUCACACUUCAUACUUGGUGUUUGCCAUUCUUCCCCGGGAUUGGUCUGAGGAGGAUGAGCAGAAAUGUCGCCAGCAGUGGCCGUCGACCAAGGUGGAUCCAGCACUGAACAAGUCAAAUGGGAAGAGCAGGAGGCAAAUGAAACAGGAGUUCAAAGCGCAACGGAUUAAGGAAGAGGAAGACAAGAUUAAGGAAGAGGAGGUCAAGAUUAAGGAAGAGGAAGACAAGACUACUAUGGAAGAGUGA